CACCCGGAGCCAUGCCUCGUUGAAGGGGUUGUCAUGGCAGGCCUGCUGCUGUUGGGGUUGCUGGCCUGCGUUCCUCUGGCUUCCUUUCAACCUCCCGUUCUUGUCCUUUCCGAACUCUGCUACUAUCCUCUGAACUUGCAGUAUAUUGAUCAGGAGCUGAAACAUUCCAACCUUACUGUCAGCAUUAUGAAGAAAGAAGAUGUUUGCACCGAUCAUCAGAAACUGCUCCAUUUAAUUUCAAAAACUUCUGGAACAGUUUUAGGUUCAUUUAGACCUGAAUUGUGCUCUCCUGUUCACUUCAUCUGCAAGUUUUACAACGUAUCUCUAUUUUCCUGGAAUUGUCCUAAGGUGCAGAAAGGCUGGUGCUCCGUUAUCUGCGCGAAUUGCAAUGGUACCUGCCAUAAUUUGGAUGUUGAUCUACAAGACAGUGAUGAAGAGGAAGAUACGGAGAUAGUUCUUCAGCAAACCUUCGACGAAAUCGAGGAAGAAGGUGAUGAAGUCGAAGAAGAGAACCCUAUCGCGGAUAACUUGGAAGAACUUCCUAUCCGUGUGGUUUUGCUCAGAACUCGUAAAGCCUGGUCCAUCAGGGAUAGCGAAACGAAGAAGAAUGGCACUAAAUUUAUUCAACAGUGCAUCAGAUUCCUCAUGAAAUGUUGCAUUUCAGAAAAUGGUUGGUGGCCUUCUCUAUCCCAGGUCUUGGAUGUGCAUCUACGAGAAAUAAUGAUCAUUCCCAGGCAUUUCAUUAUAAUUGGGAAUAAUUCUUCCAGAGAAUAUCUUGAAAAGAAAUUAAGAGUCUUGAAGAGGAUUCCCUGCAGGGCUGUCGUGUUGUGCCUACCUGCAGACGACCUUGGAAAAGUUGUUUUGAGUCUAAUCAACGACUUCCAGCUCCACAGCCAGAACACACUAAGCGUCUUCGUAGACGUUUUCAACUUACCAAGUUGGCUGCACUACUUCCAAAACUCUACGGAACCUUGGGAGUUUAACGUUACAAACAUUGCAGACAAUAUAAAGAUAGACAUUAAAAUGAACGCAUUGAUUUUUACGAACAAUAAAUUUGUACAUUUAAACUUAGAGAACUAUGUCGUAAGGAAUAUUAGAAACACGUUGGAAGUUAAUAGCAAUAGUGACAACGCGAUUAGUUUUAUGUUAGGCGAUUUCCGGUCGGACGAUUCGUUGCGACCUCUGUUAUUUGUUCGAGCGGACAAUUCUAGUGGAUUUUUUGUAGAAAAAGUGACGAAUAAUCUAGAGGAGUGGUCUCUGAAACACAAACAAUUAGAUGAAUGCGACAGUUGCAAAUCCGACUUGGAAAAGACUUUAAGUGUUUUAGUUAUUUUGGGAUGCUCGUGUUUGUUCGUCUCCGUUAUUUUAGCGGCAGCUGCCCUGGCGAGAAAUCAGCUUAUGAAGAAGAGAGUAUCGAAAGGGCCUUACAAGGUCCUUUUGACUGCAACGGAUUUUGUUUUCCCUCAGAUAGCUGAUAGUCGUAGGGUAGAUGAAGGCAUCGAGGCUAUGCUCUGCUGUUGGUUGCAACAGCUGCAGGAAUUCGGAGGGCCGGAAGUCGACAAACCCGAUCUCCUCCAGGGCUCUGGUGGAGCCUCCAUGCGUACACCCGCUCGAACUAGUUCAAGUCCCAAUCUGGCGAAACAGCUCAUAGUUGAUCCCCGAGUGCGAUACAAUGGCGACUUAGUUCAGAUGAAACCCGUGCCUUCCGGCGGGGGCGGCUGUGAGCUAAAAGCCAAAUCCGUGGAACUUCUGGUGUUGUUGCACGGAUUAAGACAUGAAAACCUUAAUCCGCUCAUAGGAUGCCUGGCCGAGCCCCCCAGGGCCGCUUUGGUGUCCGAAUACUGUGCGAGGGGAUCACUCCAGGAUGUACUUCAACAAGAUGACAUUAAACUGGAUUGGUCCUUCCGGCUGAGCCUCCUAACGGAUCUCGUUAGGGGGAUGAAGUAUCUACAUUCGACUCCGAUCCGCGUCCAUGGAUUUCUUUCGUCGAGAAAUUGUGUAAUCGACGCCCGAUGGGUCCUUAAAGUAACUGAUUAUGGACUUCCUGCCUUUUACGAAGCUCAGGGUAUCCAGCCACCGACGAAAACCGCANAAAAUAACCAAAAGUUACUCUGGUCCUCUCCCGAAUUAUUAAGACACAGUAGUUUAAGGAAAAAAGGAACUCAGCCCGGCGAUGUGUACUCAUUCGGGAUAAUACUGCAGGAGGUUGUCGUUAGGGGAGAACCUUUCUGUAUGCUGGCACUCACACCGGAAG